AUGUCUGCAGAGGAUGUUUACCGCAGUGCGGAAAAGAAGAUCAACAAAAUGUUUUUUAAUGACUAUGAAGGUGCCAUGGAAUUGUUUGAUAAAGCUGCCGCCCGAUUCAAAGUUGAAAAAGAGUACAGCAGGGCAGGUGAAGCAUAUAUGCGAGCUGGUGACUGUGCAGUGAAGUGCAAGGAUGAGAUGGGUGCAUGUCAGGCGUAUGUUAAUGCUGUUAAUGCUUAUAAAAAGACAGAUUUGAAGAAGGCUGCACAGCUGUUGGAUAUUGCCAUUCGUAUACAGAUUGACAGCAAUAAACUGAAUGGAGCCGCUCGUUUGGAAAAGGAAUUUGCAGAUGCUUUGUGUGAAGAUGGACAGUCUAUGGCAGCCAUUCCGCAUUAUGAAAAGGCUAUACAGUACUUCAAUGCAGAGGAUAUGAAGAUGCAAGUGAAGAGUUGCACAGUCGCUAUGGCGAAAAUAUAUGGUGAAAAUGAUAUGUUUGAUAAAGCAUUGGCACUCUAUGAGAGACUCGGUGGCAUCUGCGCUGAUGGUCCACUGCGUCAUGAGGCGAAAGAGCACUUUAUGCGAGCCAUGCUCUGUCGUCUUGCCACUGUAAAUGAUGACAAUCGACACGAGAUGUGUGAUGAGGCUUCAGAGGCACUUCGUACUUAUAUGCAACGUGAUCCAUAUCUUAAAAACACCCGAGAAGCAGAAUUCCUUGAAAUGUGUGUUGAGGCUGUAGAAGGAUCUGAUAUGGAAAAGUUUGAGACGGCUGUAUCCCUCCUUCAGGAGCUUCGCAUGUUGGAUGAUUGGAAAACCCAUGUGCUGCUUGUUAUCAAAAAGAAUAUGGAUAGUAUUCGAUGA